AUGCAUUCACUUGGGCAUGCCUGCGCAUGUGUCACCCCCGCGCAGCUGCAGCCGAAUCCUCCCGCACUCUUGCCCCUCCUCCACUCUGUGCCGCUGCUUCCACGGGGAAUCUGUGCGCGUGCGCGUGAGCUCCUCCGUUUGCGCACGUCUUCCGCUGGCGUUGCGCUAAGGAGUCGAGCUUUAAACGAGCGUCGCGUAGUAAUGGUCAACAGCAGCAGCAACGACGGUACUGCUGAAACCCCACCUCCACCGCAUUCCACCUCUUCCACCACCACCGCCACUGCCGCCGACAGCAGCAGCAUGCUUCCAUCCUCCCCUCCUCCGCCAAUUCUCAUCUUCACCGUCCCCGCGUGCCGCUACUGCCGCCAAGCCAAGGCACUGCUCGCGUCUAACAACCUCGCCUACACCGAAUGCUCCGUCGCCCUAGAUAACCUCCCUCAAGCUGCCGACGCUUUCGCUGCCGAUGCUGCCGCUGCUGCUGCUGCGCCUCUGGGCUCCUCCCCCUCGUCCUCGGCUGUGGUUUCAGCAGCAGAGGCGCGAGCGGCGCUGGCGGAGGCGUCAGGGAUGCGCACAGUGCCAGUUAUCUACGUUGGCGGACGGCUGGUUGGCGGUUAUGAUGACCUGGAACAGCUUGUGAGCAGCAACAAGCUACAAGAUCUCCUUGCUUCUCCCCCCGACCCACUCCCACCGGCCCUCAUUCCCCUGCUUAGCCUCAAACCCGCUGCAGCGAGCAGUGCAGAGUCGGAAGCAACAGGAGGUGCAGCGGCGGCGGCAGGGGCAGCAGGAGGUGCGGAGGGAGGGCUGGAGAUGUGGCCUGGAGAGUCUGACAGCAGCAGAUCUUAUUCACCACGUCACCUACUCCCAACCCUUCACCAACAAACCCAAUGUUUUCUUCCGCCUCCUGCCCGACGAGCUGCCCGAAAGCACCGCGCUCAACGCACGCCCGAUCUUCCUCCGGCCUGCCCGCCGGCGUCGGUUGUUGCCAGCGGGCUGCGGGCAGCGACUGUGGGGAUGUACGAGGAGGCGCUUUCAUUGGACGGCGGUGGCGUGAGCUACAAGCGGCUGGCAGCGUCGGAUGCAUUCAAGGAGUAUGUGCGGGCCGCAGCGGAACUGCAAAAGGUUGACGUGCUUGCUCUGCCACGGCCCCACCGCAAGGCCUUCUGGAUCAACAUCUACAACUCCCUCGUGCUGCACGCCACGCUCGCACUCGGGCCACCCCAAUCCGCACUCGACCGCAAGCGCUUCUUCUCACACUCCUCCUACCUUAUUGCCGGGCAUACCUUCUCUCUGGACGAUAUAGAGCACGGGAUUCUGCGCGGUAACCGCGCGACCAUCGGGCUGCCGUUCUUUCCUGGAAAGUGCCCGUUUGGAGGGUCGGAUCCACGGAGGUUUUAUUCGCUGCCUCCUGCCGACCCGAGGAUUCAUUUUGCGCUGAACUGCGGUGCACGGUCGUGCCCUCCAAUUCGGCUCUUUUCCGGGGACGCAAUUGACAGUGAAUUGGAUACAGCUGCUGGUGCGUUUUUGGAAGGGGAUGUACGGGUGGUGGAGGACGGGAGGAAGAGUGGAGGGAAGGAGAGAGAUGGAGGAGUGGGAUGUGAGUUGGUGCUAGAGGUGACCAAGUUGUUGGAUUGGUACGGAGUGGAUUUUGGAGAAAACGAGGAGGCGAGGGUGCGGUGGAUACUGCCGUAUCUCAAAGCACAAGUGAGGGCUCAGGUGGAGGGUGCGUUGGCUACUGGGAAGGCUGUGCGCUUGCAGUUCCGGCCCUAUGACUGGACUAGCAACAGCUUGUGA